CAACAAUAUCAAAGCAUAUCAUUCGGAAAUACAUUAACGGAGGAAACGAAAAACUGCAGAUAUAUCGAUGUCUCAAAAGAAUAAAAUGGACUGACCUACAGGAUACUGUCAGAUAAUCAAUAUUGAUAAAGGAGCAUCUCUCCCAAAAUGUCUACUACAGCUGCUAUGGUACAGUUUGUGUCGGGACUGAAAAGUCGCAAUGAGGAGACCAGGAUUAGGACAGCCCAUGAGCUGCACCAUUUUGUCAGUACAGAACUUCGGGAAAUGCCCGUUGAUGAGCAUACACAUUUCAUGGAUCAGUUCAACCAUCACAUUUUUGAAAUGGUCUCUAGUUCAGACCUAAGUGAAAGGAAAGGGGGAAUUCUGGCCAUAGUGAGCUUGAUUGGAGUAGACGUUGGAAAUACAGCCACCAGGAUAAGUCGCUUUGCCAACUAUCUACAUAACUUACUACCUUCUAAUGAUGUGGUUGUCAUGGAAAUGGCGGCUAAAGCAAUGGGUAUACUGGCAUUGUCCUCGGGUACCUAUGCUGCGGAAUAUGUUGAGUUUGAGGUAAAGCGAGCACUAGAAUGGCUGACUGGUGACAGAAAUGAAGGGAAAAGACUUGCAGCUGUGUUGUGUGUAAAGGAGUUAGCUGUUAACACGCCUACAUUUUUCUUCCAACAAAUACAACAGUUCUUAGAUUGUAUUUUCACAGCAGUCCGAGAUCCAAAGCCAAUGAUUCGGGAAGGUGCAGUGGCUGCUUUGAGAGCGGCGUUAGCAGUAACAUCUCAACGUGAAGGGAAGACUAGUCAGACAACGCAGUGGUACAAGCAAUGUUUUGAUGAGGUGGACAAAUGGUACGAUGAUGCCAAUGGCCGUGAAAAGAAACUAACGAAGGAUGAUUGGGCCCAUGGUUCCCUGUUGAUUGUGAAUGAACUACUGAGAUGUAGUAAUGUUGAAGGAGAGAGACUUAGAAUGGAGAUGGAAGAGAUUACAGCACAACAAUAUUUGCAUGAGAGAACACUUAAAGAAUAUUCGAGGAAUAAAGUGCAUGGAAGCUUAAUGGCCAUGCAACACUUCCAACAAAAGUCAUCUCCCCUUAAUACCUUUGGUCUAGGUGGGCGGCAGAUUAUGAGAAAACCCACACUGUUUGAAAGCAGAUAUUGUAAGGAAUUGAUGGCUGAAAAUUUUGAUAAGGUUUGUGGCCUUGUUUUACGUCACAAGUCCAGUAGAAGUGUGUAUGUACAGCAGACACUGCUUAUUGUGUUUCCAAGAUUGGCAGCGUUCAAUCCAGAAUUGUUCUGCAGACUGUAUUUAGAAGAAACCCUAUAUUUCCUGAUUGCUGCACUAAAGUCUCAGAGAGAAAAAACGACAGCGUUCCAAGCAAUCGGCCUUCUUGCAAUAUCCGUAAACCAAAACAUUUCCAAGUACCUCUCUCGUAUUAUGGAAAUUGUACGAUUAGCUUUACCUUCAAAAGAUACACAAACAAAAAAACACAAGAACUUUGUUGUUGACCCAUCUGUAUUUACAUGCAUAAGCAUGUUAGCAAAAGCCAUAGGACCUGGCAUGCGCAAGGAUGUCCAUGACCUUCUAGAGUCAAUGUUGGCCACAGGUUUAAGCCCAGCUCUGACAGCGGCACUGAGGGACCUGGCCGCACAGAUACCCCAAUUGAAGAAAGAGAUUCAGGAUGGGUUGUUGAAAAAUCUGUCUCUUGUAUUAAUGGGUAGACCAUUGAAGCACCCUGGAGCUACUAGAAGUCCAGCUACACCAUCCCCUGCUUCAGGAUCAUCUGGUACUGUUGUAGAAGUUCAAGAUGUCACCAGUAUUACUCUGGCAUUGAAAACACUCGGCAGCUUUGAUUUUGAGGGUCAUUCUUUAACACAGUUUGUACGACACUGUGCCGAGCAUUACCUGGCAAGUGAGCAUAAGGAGAUAAGGUCAGAGGCUGUGAAGACGUGUGCGAGACUUCUCUCCCCUUUACUCAAUUUGUUGGCCAGUAAUCAAGGUCAGAUAAGCAUGGCAGCCAUGAAUACUGUAGCAGAGGUACUGAAUAAACUUCUAGUUGUUGGUAUAACUGAUGUUGAUCCUGAUAUAAGACUAUGUGUGCUUGGUUCCCUGGAUGAGAGAUUUGAUGACCAUUUAGCUCAAGCCGAGAACCUGUCUGCACUAUUUGUUGCCCUUAACGACGAGGUGUUUGAGAUCAGAGAGAUUGCCAUCUGUAUGAUUGGACGCUUGAGCAGCAAAAAUCCAGCUUACGUGAUGCCGUCAUUGAGAAAAACACUCAUUCAGAUUUUAACAGAGUUGGAGCACAGUGGUGUUGGCAGGAAUAAAGAGCAAGCAGCUCGGAUGUUAGGCCAUCUUGUAGCUAAUGCUGCAAGGCUUGUCAGACCUUAUAUGGAUCCUAUCCUAAAGGUGUUGAUUCCAAAGCUUAAGGAUCCAGAUCCAAAUCCUGCAGUGACUGUCAGUGUAUUGGCUGCCAUUGGUGAGCAAGCCCAGGUUAGUGGAAUUGAGAUGAGAAAAUCCAUGGAUGAACUGUUACCUAUAAUACUGGAUAUGCUACAAGACUCCUCAGCUCUACAGAAACGUGAGGUUGCACUGUGGACAGUGGCACAGCUUAUUGAGAGUACAGGAUAUGUUGUUGAACCGUACAAGAAAUAUCCCAAACUUCUAGAGGUACUUCUAGAUUUCCUGAAGACAGAACAGUCCACAGGCAUCAGGAGAGAGGUAUUACGAGUUCUGGGUGUCCUAGGUGCACUAGAUCCGCACAAACACAAGAUGAACCUAGGUUUGAUACAGAAAGGCGAGUCUGGAACAGUACUCAGCAUGUCAGAUCCCAAAACUGGUCAGGACUCUGCUCAAGAAGAAAACACGAGUGAAAUGCUGGCAAACAUGAGUGCCUCAGCCACGUUGGAGGAGUUCUACCCAGCCAUUGCCAUAGCAACGUUAAUGAGGAUUAUACGUGACCCCACCCUGUCCAAGCACAACUCUAUGGUUGUCCAAGCUAUAACGUUUAUAUUUAAAAGUUUAGGUAUUAAGUGCGUACCAUAUAUACAGCAAGUGAUUCCAGCCUAUUUGACUGUGAUACGAACAGCUGAUCCCUCAUUUAGAGAUUCACUAUUUCAACAGCUUGGAUUAAUUAUCGCCAUUGUGAAUCAGCAUAUCAAAAACUACCUGGAUGAUAUAUUCAGUCUAAUCAAGGAAUUUUGGACACCAAACAGCCCAAUGCAGAAUACUAUUAUAUUGUUGAUAGAGCAUAUUGUUACUGCACUUGGUACAGAUUUUAAGGUUUACUUGCCACAGAUUAUUCCCCAAAUACUCAAAGUGUUCAUGCACGAUUCUAGUGCUCAGAGGGUCGUAACAGCUAAGUUAUUAAAUGCCCUACAGCUGUUUGGUGCUAACUUGGAUGAUUAUUUACAUUUGCUACUUCCUCCUGUUGUAAAAUUGUUUGACUCAACAGAUGUACCAAUACCUGUCCGAAGGGUUGCCCUGGAAACCAUAGACAGACUGACGGACAAUUUGGAUUUGACUGAUUUUGCGUCUCGUAUUAUACACCCCCUGGCUCGAACCCUAGACAUGACUCCCGAGUUACAGUCAACAGCAAUGGACACCCUGUGUGCCCUGAUCAUGCAACUAGGACAGAAGUUUCUCAUCUUUAUACCAAUGUUGACGAAGAUAACAACAAAACAUAAGAUACAGCAUCAGAGAUAUAACAUCCUUAUGUGUAUGAUACUGAAGGGUACUACAAUAGCCGAGGAAGAGGAUGAUCCUAUAUUAAUGAAGUACAAGAGAAACAGGAGUAAAGUUGUCGAGUCAGAGAAGAAACAGUCAGAGCAGACGGUCAUCAAAAAACUUCAUGUUAGCUUUAUGAAUCUACAAAUGGCUCUGGGUGCAGGAAGACGUGUCUCAAAGGAAGACUGGAUGGAAUGGUUGAGACGAUUAAGUAUAGAGUUAUUGAAGGAGUCACCAUCCCCUGCCCUCCGUUCAUGCUGGGCCCUUGCUCAGUCCUACAACCCUCUUGCCAGGGAUCUGUUUAACGCAGCAUUUGUGUCAUGUUGGACGGAGUUGACUGAGACGCAACAAGAUGAAUUGAUCAACAACUUAGAACAGGCAUUAACGUCACAGGAAAUACCAGAAAUCACACAGACCUUGCUAAACCUUGCUGAGUUCAUGGAACAUUGUGAUAAGGGUCCAUUACCACUGGAAGCCUCAUUAUUAGGUCAGCAAGCUAUGAAGUGUAGGGCAUAUGCUAAAGCUCUUCACUACAAGGAGGAGGAGUUCCACAGAGGCCCAACAACAGACACACUGGAGGCUUUAAUAAGUAUCAACAACAAGUUACAGCAGCCAGAAUCAGCGGCUGGGGUACUAGAGUAUGCCAUGAAACAUCACAGAGCUGAUCUGAAAAUCCAGGAAGGCUGGUUUGAGAAAUUGCAUGACUGGAACCGAGCAUUGGAAGCUUAUCAGGAGAAACAGUUACAUAACCCUGAGAACGUGAACCUGAUGCUAGGGAGAAUGAGGUGUCUCGAGGCCCUUGCAGAGUGGAAUCAGUUACAUCAGUUAGCCUGUGAGAAUUGGUCCACGGUCAGUGAUGAUGUGAGGAGUAAAAUGGCCACCAUGGCAUCGGCUUCAGCUUGGGGUUUAGGUCAAUGGGACACUAUGGAAGAGUACAUGUUAUUUAUUCCACGGACAACUUAUGAUGGAGCGUUUUAUCGUGCCGUGUUUGCCGUGCAUUCUGAGAACUUCCUCCUAGCACAGCAGUGUAUCGACAAAUCACGAGAUAUCCUAGAUACAGAGCUGACGGCCAUGGCUGGCGAGAGUUAUAGCAGAGCUUAUGGGGCAAUGGUGAAUGUUCAGAUGUUAUCAGAGCUGGAGGAGGUUAUACAAUAUAAACUGGUUCCUGAAAGACGAGAUGCCAUCAAACAGAUGUGGUGGGACAGACUACAGGGUUGCCAGCGUGUAGCCGAAGAUUGGCAGAGGAUUAUCCAGGUUCGAUCCCUGGUUGUCUCCCCUCAGGAGGACAUUAAAACAUGGCUUAAAUAUUCUAGUCUUUGUAGAAAAAGUGGAAGACUGGCCCUGUCACACAAGACACUGGUCAUGUUACUAGGAAUGGAUCCUAGUAAGCAACCUGACCAGCAAAUACCUACAGUCAAUCCAAAAAUUACGUUUGCUUAUCUUAAACAUAUGUGGAAAAAUAACCAAAGGACUGAUGCAUAUGAGAAGCUACAGAUGUUUGUUAAACAUUCUUUACAAACAAGAACAUUACAACUUCUCUCACCAGAGGAUGUUACACAGAGAACUGAGCUUAAUAAACUCAUGGCCAGAUGUUACCUGAAACUAGGUGACUGGUCAGAGGCCAAUCUAGGCUUGAACGAGCAGACCAUACCGCAGGUGCUAGAUUACUUUGCCCUAGCCACUGAGCAUGACAAGAACUGGUAUAAGGCCUGGCAUAUGUGGGCACUCAUGAACUAUGAGGCAGUGUUGUUCUAUAAACAGAAGGAUUCCGGAUCACAGAAUCAGGAGAUCAAUUUGCCUAUAACACCAAGACCAGAUACAAUUGCUUCCAAGAUUCAUAAGUAUUGUGUUCCAGCAGUUCAUGGAUUCUUCAAGUCAAUCAGUCUGUCCUCACAGAACAGUCUUCAAGAUACACUAAGAUUAUUAACUCUAUGGUUUGACUAUGGACAGUGGCCUGAGGUACAUGAAGCUCUGAUAGAUGGUAUAAAGGCUAUCAAGAUAGAUAAUUGGCUACAGGUUAUUCCCCAGUUAAUUGCAAGGAUUGACACAUCUCGCACUCUGGUUGGAAGAUUGAUCCACCAGUUACUGAUGGAUGUAGGCAAGGAACAUCCCCAAGCCCUUAUCUAUCCUCUGACAGUAGCAUCCAAGUCUAACGUAACAGCUCGACAGAAUGCCGCUAACAAAGUGCUGAAGAAUAUGAGGGAACACAGUAACACGCUGGUUCAACAAGCUAUGUUGGUGAGCGAUGAGUUUAUUAGAGUGGCUAUUUUAUGGCACGAAUUAUGGCAUGAAGGCCUGGAGGAGGCGUCUAGGUUAUACUUUGGAGAGAGGAACGUGAAAGGAAUGUUCGCCACUUUGGAGCCGCUACAUGCUAUGAUGGAACGAGGACCUCAAACACUGAAAGAGACUUCAUUUAACCAGGCAUACGGGAGAGAUUUGAUGGAGGCGCAGGAAUGGUGUAAGAAGUAUCAGAGGUCUGGGAAUGUUAAGGACCUUACACAGGCAUGGGAUUUAUACUACCAUGUGUUUAGAAGGAUUUCAAAACAACUUCCGCAGUUAACAUCACUGGAGCUACAGUACGUUUCACCAAAGUUAUUACGAUGUCAAGAGUUAGAGUUAGCUGUUCCUGGCACAUAUGAUCCCAAGCAGCCUAUAGUAAAGAUUCGCCGUGUACAGAGUAACUUGGCUGUUAUCACAUCGAAACAGAGACCUAGAAAAAUCAGUGUGUUUGGGAGUGAUGGACAAGAGUACCAGUUCUUGCUGAAAGGUCAUGAAGAUUUGAGACAAGAUGAACGCGUGAUGCAGUUGUUUGGAUUGGUCAAUUCUUUGUUACUAAGCGUCCCAGAGACAUUCCGUAGAAAUCUAACGAUUCAGAGAUUCUCUGUUAUACCGUUGUCAACAAACUCCGGACUAAUAGGCUGGGUACCACACACUGAUACCCUACAUUCUUUGAUUCGAGACUACCGUGAAAAGAAGAAGAUUCUCCUUAAUAUUGAACAUAGACUCAUGCUAAGGAUGGCCCCAGAUUAUGAUCACCUGACAUUGAUGCAGAAAGUGGAAGUGUUUGAGCAUGCCCUAGAACACACACAGGGAGAUGACCUGGCAAAGAUACUCUGGUACAAGAGUCCAAACUCUGAGAUAUGGUUUGAUAGAAGGACCAACUACACACGGUCUCUGGCUGUGAUGUCAAUGGUGGGCUAUGUUCUUGGACUAGGUGACAGACAUCCUUCCAAUUUGAUGUUAGAUCGAAUGAGCGGAAAGAUAAUACACAUUGAUUUUGGCGACUGUUUUGAGGUUGCCAUGGUGAGGGAGAAAUUCCCGGAGAAGAUACCUUUUAGAUUAACACGUAUGCUAAUUAAUGCCAUGGAGGUGACAGGUAUCGGUGGCAACUACAAGAUGACAUGUGAAAGUGUCAUGUCAGUAUUGAGAGAACAUAAAGACAGUCUCAUGGCAGUGUUGGAAGCCUUUGUAUAUGAUCCAUUACUUAACUGGAGACUUAUGGAUACGACCACAAAAACUAAGACGAAAUCAACGCGCUCGGAUCCAACCUACUCUGAGAGCAGUAACGACCAGGGAGACAACUUUGAGAACGUAGAGUUGACACAGUCUAGUCAUAAGAAAUCAGUAGCGGAGGCAAGCCAACCCGCAGCUGGUGAUAAUUCGCAACAAGAGAGUCUGAACAAGAAGGCUAUUAGCAUCGUCGAGCAUGUUCGUGCUAAACUGACAGGUCGUGAUUUCUCCGUGGAGACGCCAGUGGAUGUAGCCAAUCAGGUGGACUUAUUAAUCAAGCAGGCAACAUCGCACGAGAAUCUAUGCCAGUGUUAUAUUGGUUGGUGCCCAUUCUGGUGAAAAAAAUAAAUAAAACAGUGGUAAAUAAUUUUAAACUGUAUAAACACAACGAGGUUUAUCCUGUAAAACCAAAAUAUAUUUGUAAAGUAUAGAUAAAUGUUAAUGAAACAGAGACAAAGUGUGUAAACAUUAAAAUCAAAUGAAUAGGUCAAGGACUGUUUCUAAUUUUAUUAAUCCUAGAAAGCUCUAGGACAGUAUUAAAGGUUAAAAAUAUGUUCUACAUGUAUUUACAAUUUUUCCAGUUAACAACACUUGUUGGAAAGAUUGAAAUGGACACCUCCAUAGUGAUGUGUCAGUAAAUCAUUUACCCAUCAAUGUUUUGGGCAUAAAAUCAUACCAAAGAUUUGGAUUCUCAUAAUAAGUUGUAACAAAGGUUGAUGGUUUAACAUGGGUGCCUGCUUGUGCGUGAAAUAAGAUAUAAAGAGCCACCCAGAGGUAAUUUUCCACCUGCUAAACUGACCUCCACUGCUAGGUGCAACUCGAUUGAUAUGACCCAACCAAAGCGAAAAGAGGAUAAUUAUUGUAAUGAACUGGUGUUUUGAUAUAUAAUUCUUGGGCAAUCACUAUAGAAGUUUGAAAUUUUUACACUGAAAAAGAGAUGCAAUAUUGACGUAAAUUUUUUAAUUUUUAUGACAUGGUGUGAACAAAGUUCUGUGUAAAACAAUAUUGUUUAAAUUUCUCGGAUAAUGGUACAUAUAUGUUUCACAUAUUGUGGUGCUGUUGAUAAACUGUAUCUUUAGACAAUAUCUUACAGGAGUAUCUUUUUGUCACUUCAAUAUGCAUAUUUGUUUUUAUGAUUGAUGUCAUUCACAUAUGUUGAUAUAUGCAAUCACAUAUUAUGUUAUUUAUGUGAUCACAUUUUAUGUUAUUUAUGUGAUCAUACAUUAUGUCGAUUUAUGUGAUCAGAGUCCUACAUUAUGUGGAUUGAUGUCAUUAUGUAUUGUGUCGAUUUAUGUGAUCAUAAAUUGUUUUGAUGCAUGUGGAUAUGUGUGAAUUAUGUUGAUACACAUCAUUUACAAGGGGUGUUCGUGGCAAAGUGGUUAUGGUCGUUGACUUCAAACCACAUGCCCCUCGUCGCUCUGGGUUUGAAUCCUGACAUGAACUGUGGCUCCUUUCAUUUGAGGAAGCUAUCUAGUUAGUUUACGGAAUGUUGGUGCUACUCGGGUGCCCGUUCAUGCCUGAAAUAAUGCACGGAAGGGCACCUGAGGUCUUCCUCCACCAGUAAACCAAGAAAGUCACCAUAUGUCCUAUACUUUUUGGUGUGACAAAAUCAACCCCCCCCCCCCCCCAAAAAAAAAAAAAAAGAUGUGAUCAUUUAUUAUGUCGAUUAAUGUGAUCACGUAUAAUGUUGAUUCAUGUGGUUAUGUUGUUAUAUAUAUAUGGUCAUAUUUUAUGUUGACUUAUAUGAUCAUACAUUAUGUUGAUUCAUGUGAUUAUGUUGAUAUAUAUGGUCAUGUUUUAUGUUGAUUAAUGUGAUCAUUUAUAUUAAACAUGUAAAUGUUGAUUUUGAUUCAUGUAAACAUGUUGAUUACUGAUUUCAAUCACAGUUACACAGAUACACUACAAAUACAUUACAUUUUACCUUUGUGAGUUAUUUAGCUAUAGUUUUUUUUGCAACCAAAAGAAAAUUCAGACAAACAAAGAAUACAACUGUUCCUUGGUUUUAUUGUGAUGCUGUAAGUCUAACCUUUAAUCUUGUUUAAUUUAGGCAUCAAAAUAACGAAGUAUUUGAUAUAAUCAAGUGGUGAAAAUGUGUGCUCAGAAUGGGGAAAAACUAUUGUCAUUUACCUUACCUAUUUUCAUUGAUAUACUUUGUAAGUUAUUUUUUUCUUCUAAUAGUGAAUAUGUAUUGUUAAGAAUAUAUUAAAUGAUUCUUUGGAAUUAAUAUGUGUAUUAAUGAUAAAAGGUUUUGUUCGUUUGUUGCAUAAUGAAAAUAAAAUAAUAAAAAAUGUA